AUGGCACCGUGUCACUGGAGGAGUGGAUCCAGGGAGGCAUGACCACCAUCCCCCUGCUGGUACUGCUGGGCCUGGAGACGUCUGCAAGUACACGGUCCACGAACGCUGCGUGGCUCGCGCUCCGCCGUCUUGCAUCAAAACCUAUGUCAAGUCCAAGAAAAACACAGAGGUAAUGCAUCAUUUCUGGGUGGAAGGGAACUGCCCCACCAAGUGCGACAAGUGUCACAAAACCAUUAAGUGUUACCAGGGCCUGACUGGCCUCCACUGUGUGUGGUGUCAAAUCACGCUCCAUAACAAGUGCGCCUCCCACGUGAAACCUGAGUGUGACUGUGGACCCCUGAAGGAUCACAUCCUGCCCCCCAACUCAAUCUGCCCCAUUGUUCUGGAAAGGCAGUCAACGGUGAGGAAAGACUCCCGGUCCAGCCAGUCCAGCCGGGGGAAAAUGCAGAGAGCCAACUCAGUCACCGUGGACGGCCAAGGGCUGCAGAUCACAACAAUAGAGGGCACUCAUCCUCUGCUAGUGUUUGUCAAUCCGAAGAGCGGGGGGAAGCAGGGAGAGAGGAUUUACAGAAAGUUCCAGUAUCUUCUGAACCCGCGACAAGUGUACAACCUGGGCAAAAAUGGACCCAUGCCAGGGUUGAAUUUCUUCAGAGAUGUUCCCGAUUUCAGAGUGUUGGCCUGCGGAGGGGACGGCACCGUGGGCUGGAUCCUGGACUUCAUAGAUAAGGCCAACCUGGACAGGAACCCCCCUGUGUGUAUACUUCCUCUUGGCACAGGCAAUGAUCUGGCAAGAUGUCUGCGAUGGGGAGGAGGCUACGAGGGCGAGAGCCUUCUGAAGAUCCUGCGAGACAUCGAGAACAGCACGGCGGUGAUGCUGGAUCGCUGGAAGAUUGAUGUCACACCCACGGACAAGGAGGAGCGAGGAGACCCGGUGCCUUACAGCAUUAUAAACAACUACUUUUCCAUCGGAGUGGAUGCGUCCAUUGCACAUCGCUUCCACGUUAUGAGGGAGAAGCAUCCUGAGAAGUUUAACAGCAGAACAAAGAAUAAGCUGUGGUACUUUGAGUUCGGCACUUCGGAGACCUUUUCGGCCACAUGUAAGAAGCUCCACGACUUUCUGGAGGUUGAGUGUGACGGUGUUACUCUUGACCUCAGUAGCAUCUCACUGGAAGGCAUUGCCAUUCUCAACAUUCCCAGCAUGCACGGUGGUUCCAACCUCUGGGGCGAGAGCAAGAAGAGGAGGGGAAACCGAAAGGGAGGAAAAAAGGGCCAAGACAAGAGGACACCAGUGGUCGACCCCAAAGAGCUCACGUUCGCAGUUCAAGACCUGUCGGACCAGUUGCUGGAGGUGGUGGGGCUGGAAGGAGCCAUGGAGAUGGGUCAGAUCUACACUGGCCUGAAGAGCGCUGGAAGACGUCUGGCACAGUGCUCCUCCGUGACCAUCAGAACCAGUAAAUCCCUUCCGAUGCAGAUUGAUGGUGAGCCUUGGAUGCAGACUCCCUGCACUAUUGAGAUCGUCCACAAGAACCAGGCUCCCAUGCUGAUGGGGCCGCCACAAGGCCGAAGCUUCCUCUCUUCUGUCAUCAGAAGAACACGCACUGAGAGCAAAGACUGAUCCUCCACGGUUCAAGACCUUCGAGUCCUCACAAGCACCUGCAGAGCAGCGGUCACCAGUUGAUCAUCCCUCGGCCCAUUAGUGAAGAGGGUCUUUGAUGCCUGUUUGAUAGCCCAGCGUACAGUAGCAAACUGUAGGUUCAGUACGCCAUCAGCAUCGAGACGUCAAUGACAAGUGCUCAUUUAGUCCAGAAGGAGGUGUGUUAAGGACUGACGCUUUGAUCUACAGUGUGUAGUGUAGUUUAGCUCCAAAAAUACUGAAGCUAUUUCUGGAAGUCUAAGAAUUUUCUAAAAGUCUGUUUUUAUUUUUUCUGUUGUGAUCUGUGCCACGUGGAAUAAGUCCACAGAUGAAUGUGUUUUGUGAUAUGAUGUAUUUAUUUAUUCAUAUUUUGCUGCUAUUGAUGUUUUUUAACCUUUUUUUGCAUUUGCAUACCCCUGAUGCAUGAUGGACAGUGAAAGAGGUUGCUGCUGUUGGAAACUGACAUAUCUGGAGUUUGCAGCUUAUCUUGCUCAAGUGUGUUUAGUAAGAAGUGAAGUUUCUUUGCUCAGCAUUUCUUCAGCACUUCACUCAUGAAUGGCUUCAGCUAGUGCAGAUCAGAAUCUGUUUUGCUUUCCUUUAAUGGUUCCUGCAAGUCAUUUUUGUCACGUUUUGAUCUGCCGUCUUGCUGCUCUGUCAGUGGAAAGAUUAGGAAUUAUUAUUGAUCGCUCAUAAAAAAUGCAUGACACUCUUUGUUUUAGGUCGCACGAGAGAUUUCCAGACAGUUUUACCAAUUGUGUGCAUACUUUCUGUUGCAUGAGUGACCAAGAUCUUUUUUGACACUUGUGGAAAUUGACGCAUUUUUGAAUCUAAGUCUACAGUGCUGCUUGGUUUAACAUAUCAUACUUUAUCUAUGAGAUGGCUGUAUUUUUAUGAGAUCCUGUGUUUUUCUGAACAGGUACUCAGGUACUUUUAAAAUGGAAAAACAGUGAAAAGGCAACAGAAAAUGGUCAAGUGUUCAAUCAGACUGUAUGUUGAUACUGUGACUGUAUAGUUAGACAUUCACAAGAAGCAGUGUGACCUCCUCUGGUCAGUGAUUUGUUCCGAUGUCUACAGUUGAGUGUUAUAGUCUGUACUUACAUCAACCAAUUAAAGUCGAAAUACAGAAUUACUAUUGACACACACAUACGCACAAACUAACCGUUUAGAGCCAGUCUUAUGCAUAGUCCCUCCAUUUUCAGGGGCUCAAAAGUA